AUGAACCAACCCCCCUCAAGACUCCUCACCACCUCCGCCCGCGUGCACCCGCCAUACCUCCCCUACCUACACAAUGCCUCCCGCAACCGAGGGAAGAGCCUGAAAUGGCUCCCCCCCCUAGCAGCCGCCGUAACAGCGGGCCUCGCCGUGUCCCGCUACCGCGACAGCCUUACCAUCACCACCAACACCAGCACUGCUAGUGCCUCCUCGCCCGCGGCACAGCAGGCCGAGGCCGAGGCGGAACGGCGCCGCCGCCACCGCGAGCAGGAGGCCGCCAUGGAGGACGCGUAUGGCGACCGGGGGAGCUUGGCCGAGCUGGAGAGGGCGUUGGCCGUUUAUGAGGCGCAGCGGAGGGGGUAG